GGGCCGGGCAGGGCCGGCCGGGGCGGAGCGCGCGACUGCUCCGGGCGGCGAUGGCGGCGGACGGGGACUGGCAGGAUUUCUAUGAGUUCCAGGAGCCGGCCCGGAGCCUCCUGGACCAGGAGAACUGUAACGCGAGCCCCGAGGCCGGGGCUGGGGCAGGGGCUGGGGCAGGGGCGGGGGUGGGGGCAAGCGGGGGCGCCGACGGCUUCCCGGCGCUGGCCUGCAGCUUGGAGGAGAAGCUGAGCCUGUGCUUCCGCCCCUCGGAUCCGGGCGCCGAGCCCCCGAGGGCGGCCGUGCUGCCCAUCACGGAGCGCAGCCUCUUGCAGGGGGACGAGAUUUGGAAUGCCCUGACAGAUAAUUAUGGAAAUGUGAUGCCUGUAGACUGGAAGUCAUCCCAUACUAGGACCUUGCACUUGCUUACUCUGAACCUCUCAGAAAAAGGGGUAAGUGACAGUUUCCUCUUUGAUGCAUCAGAUGAUGAGGAGCUGAGAGAGCAGCUGGAUAUGCACUCAAUCAUUGUCUCCUGUGUGAAUGAUGAACCCCUCUUCACGGCAGACCAGGUUAUUGAAGAAAUUGAAGAAAUGAUGCAGGAAUCACCAGACCCAGAAGAUGAUGAAACCCUUACACAGUCAGAUCGGCUUUCAAUGCUUUCCCAGGAAAUUCAAACUCUUAAGAGGUCUAGUACCAGCAGUUAUGAAGAGAGAGUAAAAAGGCUGUCAGUGUCUGAGUUAAAUGAACUCCUGGAAGAGAUUGAGACUGCCAUUAAGGAGUACUCAGAGGAGCUGGUGCAGCAGUUGGCCUUACGAGAUGAACUGGAGUUUGAAAAGGAAGUGAAAAACAGCUUUAUUUCUGUUCUUAUUGAAGUGCAGAACAAACAGAAAGAGCACAAAGAAACAGCAAAAAAGAAAAAGAAACUAAAAAAUGGCAGCUCUCAAAAUGGGAAGAAUGAGAGAAGUCAUAUGCCUGGCACACGCUUCAGCAUGGAAGGGAUCUCAAAUGUCAUUCAGAAUGGCCUCCGCCACACCUUUGGAAAUUCAGGUGGAGAGAAACAGUAUUUGACUACAGUCAUUCCUUAUGAGAAAAAAAAUGGACCACCAUCUGUUGAAGAUCUUCAAAUACUAACAAAAAUUCUUCGUGCCAUGAAGGAGGACAGUGAAAAAGUUCCGAGCUUGUUAACUGAUUAUAUUCUGAAAGUUCUGUGUCCUACAUAAAGCAGCAUUACUUCAGGAGCAGCAACUUUAUCUGCGGUGGGACUCCGAGCUAGAUUUCCUACAGCAUUAUUCUGAAAGCUGGUCACUAUUACCUUCUUGCUACUGGAAACUCAGCACAUUUGAACGUGGGUUUGAUUCAGUAUUAACAGAUCUUGGCUUCACUAAUUCUUUAUAUUAUAGAACCGAUGGAAAUAUGGGCACUAUUUUGAAUUCUAGAGAUGGUUUUUAAAUCUACUAAUAAUUACGAACUGUUCUUCGUAGAGACAGUAAUAUUAAUAUGCAUGUGCAGUUAUGUUUCUAACUGACAGUAUGCCCAUUUGUUUUUAUGGCUUCUAAUCUACACUGCACUGAUGAACUAGAUUACAGCCUUGGGAGAUUUAUGCUGCAAAUUCAGUGAUAGCAAGAACCAGCACUGAUUUUUGUGAGAAUUGUCGGUAUAAAUAUUACCUACCAGUAUUGUUCAGAGAGAUUGAAAUAAACUUGGGCUGUUCUGGAAGAGGCAAAACCAGAAUAUGCAUUUCAGUGGCUUAAUACUUAGUGAACAUUGAAACUGUUGGUGAUGAUAGAUUUUAUAGCUUGCUGCUUGUUUUACCAUUGGUAAAAUUUUAACCAUUACAUUGCCACUUUUAGAAUCUUGUAUUAACUUUUGAUGUUCCAAUGUUCUGCUUCGUAUGUCUGUGAAUUGUACUUGAAUAGUUUGUAUCCUCUAAGGUGCUUAAAGUGUAUCCUGCAGAACUGUCCAGUCCCAUGACUGUCAUAUUUUAUUCAUGCCUGUGCGUUUUUCUUAAGUAUGAAUUCUAGAAACAGCUACUUACGGGUUCAAUAUCAUAGGCGCUUUUGCCAGUUCCAAUCAAAUCAAUGGCAUUUAAUAAAUUUUUUAAAAAGUAAAAA